AUGGGGUUCCUGGCGAAGCUCCUGGCGCCGCACGUCGUCGGCACGCCAGAGCCAGGCUCAUCCUCUUCAUCACCACCCUCUCCAGACUCAUCAUCCACCACCACCACCACCUCCUCCUCCUCCUCACCACCACGAGCCGCCGGCCCCGCGCCCAAUCCUUCGCAGCAACGCCAACGUCUGCCCCCCGCCGCUCCCUCCCCCGUCAUCGACACCUCGCGCACCGCGCACCUCACGCCCCUCCAGCGGCAGACGUCGCAGCUCUCCCUCCUCCUCCUGGGGGGCAGCUUCAUGGCGGCGACCGUCUUCGUGACGCGCCGCGCCGUCCUCCGGCGGCAGCGCGAGUCCAUCCCGCGCUUCUUCCACGCCUCCUACCUGCCCCCCGGGCACCCGCACGUCGCGCUCGACGGCGGCGAGCGGUCCACGCUCGCGGCGCAGGCGCUCGGCUUCGCGACGCUCAACGUCGCGGGCUUCGCCGUGCUGCUGACGGGCGGCACGGCGUGGGCGUUUGACCUCUGCUCGGUGGCGGAGCUGCAGGCCAGGACGCAGAUGCGGAGGGACGCGGCGGGGGGAGGGCACAUGGGGGAGGAGGAGGAGCGCGAGGUGGACAACAUGGUCAUGGGUCUGAUGGAGAGGCUGGGCAUGGACGUCGAGGGCCUCAAGGAGCAGGAUCGGCUGGCGGCGGAAAAGGCAGACGAGACGGCGUCGAAAGCAUAG